AACAUUGAUGAAUUUCAAGAGAAAGUUGAGACUAAGGCACUUACGAAAGAGCAAAAAAAAAAAAGCCAAUGUAUUAAUGAUAUCUGUAAAGUCAUGGCCAAGAUCUACACAAAAAGACUAUCAAUAUCAUGAUCAGAAAGUGUGUAUAAUACCAACAUGCUCUUUCCUUGUUUCGAAGCGAUGCUUGCUAUGAUAAAGAAAAAUCAACACGCGCCAUAUUUUAUUCCUGCUGAAGAUGAGCUUGCUGCAAUGACAAUCCUGGAUUCAAAACAGACAAAAGAAAAUAUACAAGGCAGACAAAAUUAUACGCUUAGCGGAACUCGACGAUCUAGAAGUCCUUGUCUUAGAAACAGCAGGCGCUUUUGGUCAUGAAGACCAUGAAAAAAUAGCCUUUGACAACUCAAAGGGCAUUUUUACUUUGCUGGCGAUCCUAGAAACUGUAGCUGACAACUAUAAAUAUGCGUCUGUGGGAGAGUUUAGAAAGCUCAAACUCUAUUUCGUGCAACCAAGCGGUAGUAAAUAUUAUAAUCAACGUUUUGCUUACUUGUACUAAUGAUAUUAUUUAGUGGAAACUAGACAAGCGCAUCCGUCUGUGGUCAAUGCAAUAUGCCAAGCGCGGAUUGUACAAUUUCGUUCCGGAGAAGAAAAUCUUGUUGAGUGAAGACUUCAUAGAAAGGGAAGAAUCAUUGGUUGAUUUUCUCUUGAACUUGAGGGUAUAUUCCUAAACCUAAACAAUUGAGAGAAAGAAAAAGAAUAAGAAGUUUAGUUUAAUUAUUUAGAGCCUAC